CUGGGAGGCUUCUUUGCGGGGAGAGGGAGGAGCUAGUCGUGAGAGAAGGCAGUGGCUUCCGACCGCCACUGUCUAUUGGCCAAGUGAUCAUUUUCGAUGCUGUUUUCGAAGACGACGAUGAUGAGAUUGGAAUUGGAUGUACUAAAACCUGUAAGACUUCUACCUAGAAGUACUGGAAGAAAUAGAAACGCAAAAUGUACUACUGUAAGUUUACCUAGUACAGUACUGGAAGAAAUAGAAACUACGCAAAAUGUAGUUAGUACUAGGUCGUGUACUUGUACAACCUACGUCAUCAUUAAAUCACCAGGUUCAAACAUUCGCACGCUUGUCCCUGAGGGUUCCGGUGGAUGGCUAGUUCCGCUUCCAG